AAUAAGUUUUCUUCUAAAUUGGGUUUAAUAAAUAAACUAGUGAUUUUAGUAUUCUUUUACUAUGAACUAGCUAUUUAAUUUUUGCUAUAUUUCAUUGGUUUAGAAAUAAUUAGCUAAUUUUCUUAUCCUUAUAUUUUUAAAUUAUUUAACUUUAAUAAACCAAAAAAAAAAAAAGAGGACCAAAUAACUAAAAGAUACUAACCUAACAUAACUUUACCACUAAUCCUAAAAUCCCUACACCAUACGUCUGAUAAUUCUCAACCCAAAACAAACCCUAUAACCUACUACCCUCACCCUCACGUCUCUCACCCAAAACCAACCCCUUAAACUCACGUCUCUCCCUCCUUAUCCUCCAAUCCCUUUUUUUAUGCAACAAACACACACACACUCCCACGACACAGCACACACACACAUCCAUAUAAAUAUAUACCCAGUAACACAUAUACGGGACACAUAGAUCAGAAGCAAUAGUAGAGAAAAAACACAUCAGAAGCAAAAAAAAAAAAAAAAAAAAAAAAAAAAAAAAAAAACAGUUAGCAAAGAGAGCAAAAGACACAGUAAAAAAAAAUACAUUGAGAGCAAAGAGAAAACAAAUACCAGCUCCGUAAAGGUUUGGUUUGGAAAUUGAGUUCGAGGUUUUGUUCGCUGUUUCGAGUUCGCGGACUUGAAAACCAGCUUUUGUUUGCCUUGGAACUCUGUAGAUUGUACGUUGCUUUUGUUAUUGAUCGAAAAGAAUUUGAAGGUACAAUAUGUCGCUACCAACUAGAGGAGUGUGUGAUAAAAGGCCCAGGGUUGAAGGGAUACCAAAGUUCAUGAUUGUCGACGAAAUACCACUGAAACUAUGGCAAUGGUGGAGAAAUAUGGGGGGAUAUGACCAAAGGCAAGUAAAAGUUCAUUUGGGGCAUCUGGUGCAUAUGAUGUAAAUCAAACCUAGAAGAAAUGUGUUUGAGGCAUUGGUUCAGGUAUGGGACCAUAAGAACAACGUGUUUCGAUUCUCGGACUGUGAAAUGACACCGACCCUAGAAGAAAUUACGGGCUUCAUGGGGAUGGGCUCUAAGCUCCAAGGUUCUGAUCUUCGUAAUAAAAGACCCAUAGUUCCGAAACGGGUGGAUGGAACUAAGUUUUUGAAUUAUUUAAAAAUCAAUAAGAUGGAGGAAGCAAGUUUGGAAAGCGGUUGGGUUUCUUUGGAGUUUUUAUAUGAAAGGUAUGGGCAAGAAGACGGAUUUGAGAAGUGUUUGGGUCAACUUAACAACAAAGGGGAAAUCGAGACAUGGAAAAUACAUAGACGCUUUGCUUUCAUGGUUGCAUUCCUAGGCUGUAUUGUUUUCCCUGAGCGAGAUAAACAAAUUGAUAUUCGUCUAGCUGGAGUAGUGCAGGCAUUGACUACGAUGGAUAACCUCACUCUUAUACCCAUGAUUCUUGGGGACAUCUUCCGAGCACUGACCAAAUGUAAAGAAGGUGCUAUAUAUUUUGAGGGAUGCAACAUUCUUUUACAAAUUUGGUUUCUUGAACACUUCUAUCGUCAUCAUUUUGCACCAAAAUUCAAUGCUGAUUGGGUGAACUACAUGACCGAGCAUGAAGAAAGGGUCGAGAAGUGUGAUUUACCAAUUGGUAUCAAAGCCUGUGAGGAAAAACUCUCUAAGUUGACUGCUGAUAAGAUUAUUUGGAACUACCACUGGUUCCCCGCACAUGAAGUCAUUUGUAUGUCCUCACACCAUCCUUUUCUAGUACUAAUUGGGCUCAGGGGUGUCCAACCUUAUGCCCCACUUCGGGUUAUGCAAUAGCUAGGUAGACUUCAAGAAAUUCCUCGAGAGGAAAACAUGAGCAUAUUUAUGUAUGACACUCCUCCAGGCUUUCUUUUUUAUAGUGAUGGAAUAUUGAAGAUUUGGUAUGGAGGCAUAAUCUCCGAAUUGAGAGAAAUGGUAGAGGAUCGUGACAGGGGGAGAGUAGGUCCUGGGUACCUUUUGUGGUUGCGCAAGCCGUCCCUAUCUGAAAAAGGGCCCGAGGGGUCUAGAAAAAGAAAGUUGGACAGAGAGUCAGAGGUCAGAGCAAGAGUUUGGCAGGCCCGUCUGGACGUUGAACAUGAGUUUCGAGCUAGAUUAAAUGAGCAACAGGCUGUAUACGAGGCGAGGAUCAUGCAAACCCGUGUAGAUGUGGAGAAAAUUUAUUAGUCCACUCUACACGCUCUCGAUAAAGAGCUAACAAAUGCCAGAGAGUAUUUGGCCCAGAUGGAGGCAGAAGUGGAUGCUAGAGUUACGACAGCCCGCAAAACAGUUGUGAGGAAACAUCGCUCUACAAUUCAGACCUUGUAUGAAGACUUAGGCAUUGUCACACAAGCAGUGGAUCAGUUACAGAGGAAGCUUGAUGAGAAGGGAGACCUGUUUGAUGCAGAGAAAGCACGUUUUGAAGAUGAGAAAGCUCAAUUCUUGACCCUGCAAGCUCGACAACAAGCUGAAUUUGACAGAGAAAGAGUUUAGUUUGGUUUAGAAAGGAACCAAUUAAUGAAUGACCGAGCAAGAAUUCGAAACCAGCUUGAAUUAGCAUUGAAUCGUGAGGCAGGUAUAAGAGAGAUAGCCACUACUCGCCAGCAGCAAGUCCGAGACUUAGAGCAGAACUAUCAGGAUGUUAGAGAACAUGUCUACCAUUUAGCUGUUCAUGUUGCUCAAAGUUGUCUGGACUGUCAGGGGAUGGGUUAUGAGCAAUUUGCUAGAGAGGUGCCUACCUUCGCACGCCACUUCACAGCAGAACUGAAGCAGAUAUAUCACAUGUUAGGGGGUCAGCCUGGGCCAGAAGCACCGUGAGCAGAUAUGCAUUAGUUGACAUGCAAGAUUGAGGAUUUCGCAAGAUUGAGGUUUAGUUAUAAUUAUUAGGAGUUCUAGUUCAGUAGUUGUAUUUUGAGACUGACUCUUUUCGAGUCUUUAUUUUUAGUUUGUUUUGGAUAUUCUAGUCCCGAUUUAGUCUUUUCGAGUCUAUGGUGCCUUUCAUUUUGGUUA